AUGGUCAGGGAUAAUGGAGGGGGCCAUUUGGAUGCCGAGAGAGCCAUCAAAAAAUACGAUUUGAAUGUCUCGACAUUCGACGUGGUGAAAGUGGAGAACUUUAUAAACUACAAAUGCACAACGCUAUUCUGGUACUUUUACAUGUGGAUCCUCGUGCUUUUGUCAUUUAUCUUGAUUGCAGCAGAUAUCUACUCAUGUCUUAAUAUCCUAGUAUUUAAAAAAUGGGGCACCGAAGACUAUAAACCAUACGCAUACUCCAUAGCCAAAUGGAUCUUCACUGGAUGUAUCAUUUUCCAAUUUGUAUUGGUGAUCUACCAUUGGAUAUGGGCACUACACAUUUACAGAACAAGAAACAUUGCACUAGUAUACUUGAAUUCAAUCUGCAAGAAGAUAUACUCAAUCAAGUCAUAUUCCUGUUUCUGUUUGCUCAAUAGUAUAGACGAAGGCAAUUUCCAUGACUUUUGUUGCUUCCUCACAUAUUAUGAGUUGGACAAUGCACCACAGAUUUUGAUUGCAGACACACCAAGACAAGUGAUCAAUAUACUCACUUUGCGGUACUACGCCACCGGCGGAGAGUUGAACAACGAUAUAUUGCGCAAUAUCAAGAGUAUAGCUCAAACAAAUUUGAACUUGUCAAUUAUCCUAAGUUUCAUGUGCUUGUCAGUAGUGAUUUAUGCACUUUUCUUUUUCCGGUUCCUUUUUGGAAUGAUCAUGUACGUACCGUUGAAAUGUUAUUUAAGAGACAAAGAGGCAAACACGUUCAAGAGCUAUUGCUGCAUACUAAUCAACAAGUCAGUAUCGCAUGCAGUUAGACUCCACCACAAGUCCAAACAGGAAUUGCUCGAUAACGGAAUCUUGUCGAGAGAAGGAAUCGCACAACUCCCAGAAUUGGACCAAGAACUACCAGACUAUACAGAUUAUACCAGGGUCUUUUAUCCCAACAAAAACGACUCUGAAGAUGAAAUACCAAUGAGACAAUUUUAUGGAAGAAGCGAGAGCUCCAAAUCACAGCAGCUGAACAUAAACGUUUCCAGACCACUCUUGGAAGAACAACCAUCGUUUGAACAGCUACAAACACAACAGCAAGAAGAACAAGUCUAUUCAACAUUAAACAACGAAAAGGGCCCUUUAAUGAAUAGACGAUUGAGCACAUUACAAGAUAAGAAUAGAAAUAGAAAAGAGUAUAACCUCGCAAACACAACAUCACUACCAUUAUCAUCAUCAUUAUCAUCAUCAUCACCACUUCCACUUCCACCACCACCACCAAGAACAAUAUCAACAGCAACAACGACACCACGAAAUGAUCAAACAGACUUAUACAAUACUGCAUACACAGGCGUAGCACCAGAACUAACAUCUCACAAGACAGGACAGCUUUUGGAAACACAAAAUAUGUUUGGUAAUCAAUUUCAUGACACACAUAAACAUAAACAUGAACAUAAACAUAAACAUCAACAUCAACAACUUCAGCAAGAAAGUUUCAUGCCAUCGAUACCUAAACGAUCCUUCACAUUGCAAUCCGAUUGGGAUAAAGAUACAGAUCUAAACGCAUCAACGGCAAUAUUGACGUAUAUGCCACCUCAAACUCAACAACAUUUCCAACGGUCAUUCACAGACCCAACAUUGUACUCGUCGCAGAUGAAUAGUACCGACUUGCUCUCAAACCACCAAAUGGAUCAAAUACCAGAGAAUCCGUUUAGUAGCUCUUCCAUCAUUCCACCACUUCACCCAACACCCCGAUCUACGCAAACGGGGACUUUUACCGAGACCUUUUCCAAAGCUAACCGCUCACAGGGCUCAUUAUAUAAAGUGACAAGCCCAAGUGGUAAAUACAAGAGAAAAAAACCAGACUUAGAAGAUCAAAUAACCUACUUUAAAGAAGAAAGAGAAAAAGAAGAAGAGAAAGACAACGAUGAAGUGGAAUUUGAACAUGGGUUGGGGUUUGACAACAAUGCAAUGAUACUACCAAUUGCAAAUGAAGCAGAUCAACCUGUGGGCUACCCUACACAUAGCAUUACUAAGGAAAGUUUGGAUAUAGUUGAUGCAUAUCGUCAAGAGCAGACAAAGGCGCGGUUGAAUUUAGAGGAUGUAGAUAUAGUGGGCUGCCAAGAUCAUCAAGGUAGGGGCAACGAUAAAAACAACGAGAACGACCCCCUGUCUGUGCCAUACCCUGUUCGAGGCGUAUCGCGUUUCUUUGAACAAUAA